AGUUGCAGAAAUGAAAGUGAGACUAAAGAUGUUUAACACAUAAAUAGAGCAAGGAACAGCACAAGACUCAGUGUAGUCCUGGAGAAGCUGCCAGAGUGUGACAAACACACAGAACAUUGUCACAGCUGUGUCUGACCUUCUAGCCGGCUAACAGACAUGACUAGCCACACCUGUAUGAUGUUACUGCUCCUAGCUCUGGCUGUGAUAUCAUUCCAAGGCUCAUGGGCCAAUGAAAACAUACCAGACUGCUGUCUUAAAGUCAGUAAGAAAGAGAUUCCCUUCAAGAACGUGAAAUGUUACAAACUACAGGAUAAAUGGACCGGCUGCAACCUCAAAGCUGUGAUAUUUGUCACCCGUAGAAACAGACAUCUCUGUGCACCUCCCGAUGAGCAGUGGGUGCAGGAUCUGAUGAACAAAUUAGACAAUCGCAAAAACCGGAUCAUAUGCCCCUGAAUAACCGGAGGGUUAAAUGUCUGAUGAGCGUUCUGAUAGCGAGGAGCUCACGCACUGACCCAGCCUCCCUUACCGGCAGCAAAAGUCAGACCUGACUGCAAUGUGAAUCUAAAUCUUUAUGCAGAUAUAUUUUUUUUAAUCAUGUAUAUAAAUUUUAGAGAUGAGACCUUGUUACUUUUAAUACCUGAUACAUUAAGGUCAAUACUGUGAAAAAAAAUUAUAUUCAAUAAUCAAAUGUUAUAUUUGAUAUUCAAAGUAUAUGGAGAAUUUGAACCUUUGGGGAUUGAGUAUUGAAGUUUAAAAAUAGGUACCAGUAUCACUGUAUCAAGUGUGAGAACAGCCCAUCUCUAAUAUAUAUUUUUCUUUAUCUGUUGUAGGACAUCAGUGUAUAUAAUCAUGUGGUGUUUAUCUGUUGUAGGACAUCAGUGUAUAUAAUCAUGUGUUGCUUAUUCUGUCUUUGAUUAUAUUGAGGGGUUUUUUAACCUAUGGGUCCAAUAUAACCUAUUGCAUGACUUUAUACUAGUGAUAUUUCACCUAAGCGUUUUAUAUCUGUUAUAGGGCAAAUGGUUAACGACAUAUUACAGAGAAUGGGACUAAGGGCAGCUAAAUUAUCCAUACUGGACACAUUCCAAUUCCAAUAAUAUUAAAUUCAGUAUAGACUAUUCCCAUUGCAUAUGUACAAUGAUUACAAACUUAUGUAACUGUACUGCAACAGAGGAUUAUAGUUGUUUUGUUUAGCUGUGUGACAGCUGCAGUUAGUUGUAGUUGAGGAAUCCUGGAACGUUAUUGAGUUAAUUUGAGGUUAUUUUUAAAGCUUUUGGUAACAAAUUUUGGAGAUACAUUUUUAUGGAUAGUUGCUUCAUUUUGUAUUUUUCUUUAAUGCCUUUAUCAUAAAACACUAUUUCUCAAUCUAACCAUAACAACCGAUCUUUCAUAUGUAUGCUGUGUGCACUGUCACUUUAAAAGGAACAUUAAACACAAAACUAAACCACCAUAAAAUCAUUAAGCAUAGACAAAAUGUAAUGCCCUUUCUUUGUAUCACCUGGCAAAUUGUGCUUUAUUUUUAUUGUCAUUUUCUUGCUAUGGUACCUGGAGUGUAUAUUGCAUUUACCCUAAUACCCAGAGCUUUCCAAUGGUUAAAGAGCAUUGUUUAGAUCAGUUCAAAAUUUAAUUUACAUAUGACCCUUUUUUGGUCACUUCAAAAGGAGACCGAUCACAUUUAUUCAGUAUGUUUAAAGGGUGUUUCCCUGGAGUUUUCUGGGUUUUAUACUCUUUUAAAACAUUUAUUUUACAUGCAGACCUCUUGCAAUAAGUGUGUAUUACUAUUAUAUACUAUGCAUAAGACUUUUUUGAGAGAGACAUAAAUUGAUGUAUGAAAUAAAUCUGCUUCAAGAUAAGACAAAUGUUUCUGACUCUUUCAUUGAAAGUGAAAUUUAAAUCAAUUUAGACCAAAUUUAUGUUGGAACCUCCAGACAAAAUUUGUGCAGAGACUUUAUCUAUAGAUAUAUUCAUCACAAAGCAGAAAGCACACUGUGACAUUUAACUGUAAAUAUGAAACAAUCCUUAAUAAAUAUGACUUAAAGUGAUGAUAAACGGUCCCCUUUGUAUUAACAGAUCCCUAAUGUUUGUGACAUUUUAGGAGUUUAAUUCAUCAGUCAUAAUGAAGAUGCACUUUAACUUUCUUCUUAAUAUAGCUCUGAAAUUCAAAUACCCCGCGCUCCAGACGCCCACUUCAAAAGUAUUUUUUUUUGUGUGAGUUUAAGGUUUGAAUUGUUCUAAUCAGCACUCUAGCUGCAAAAAACAUUGAAUGCCAUAUGGCUAGAGCUCUGAUUGGAGAACAGUUCAAGCUGUUAGCUCACCAAAAAAAUUACUUUUGAAGUGGGCGUCCAGAGUGCAGGGUAUUUAAAUUUCAGCUCCACAGUAAAAAGUAAGUUAUAGCGCAUCUUCAUUACAACUGGUGAAUUAAACUCCAUCUAAAAUAUAACUUACACUCCAGAUCUGUUAUACAAAAUGGAAAGUCUACCAUCACUUUAAUUAUAAAUUCAUACAUAUAUUUUAUACAAUUACUGUAAAAAGAUUACAAAUUAAUAAGUCUAAAUGUGAUAUAUUUUUGUAUAACUAUUUUUUGUUUGGAAUAUGAAUGCUAUCUGGGUGGCUUGGGAAAAUAAAAUGUUAUAUGUUAUGGAUAAGAAAUCAAGUGUAUGGCAGUGUUUUUUUGCAAUAACUCAUGGAAUAACAUUGUAGUUUAUGUAUAGAUGGAGUGAUUUCAAAAUAAUUCUAUAAUCAGAUAUAAACCAAAAUAUGGGGCUUGGAAGAAGACAAUUUAGUUGUCAUAUUUAUUUCAUUUUAGAUACAUUAUGCAAUGUAUUAAUAGUUUUACAGAUCUCAGUCUAUUUAAAUAGUUCUAGCUACACUUUUAAGUUUCAUACAUAAAACGUUUAUUUAAAAUAUGAGCUGUCGGGGUAUAUGUACAGAGGAAAUAAUGGUGCCAAUAUACCUAAUUUAGUCUGGUACCAGAGGCGUCUCACUAAUCUGAUGUACCAUUAUACUGAAUAGCCAUUUGUGUUAGGAGAAGGAAAAUAAUGUUGUUUUGAACUUUAAGUAAAUUUAAAAUGUUUUUAAAAUCCAUUUGCAACACUGGCACAAACAUAAUUAAAGUCGUUAUAAAAAAAAUCAGAUAUCGUUUGUUACACUUUUGCAAAUGGAAACCUUUGCUACAUAUCUCCGAGAGUUCUAGGCAGCUUAACCAUGUUUACCUGGAUACAUUUCUGUUUGUGUGUUUAACUUGAUUUUGUAAUUCUGUCUACUGGAGUUUUACUACAGCAAAUAAAUAAUUUGAAUAAAGCUGGCUUUUAUACACCAA